AUGGUUGAAAUAGGCAGGCUGAUAACCGCAAUGGUCACACCGUUCGACGCCGAGGGGAAGGUGGACUACGAACAGGCCAAGCGGCUUGCCAACGCCCUUCUUGACUCCGGCAGCGACGCUGUCAUCGUUUCAGGCACUACCGGCGAGUCGCCCACGCUCACUACGGACGAGAAGAUCCGCCUGUACGGCGAGGUCAAGGAUGCGGUCGGCGACCGGGGCGCGGUCAUUGCCGGCACUGGCAACUACAGCACCGCCGAGAGCAUCGAGCUCAGCCAGGAGGCGGAGAAGGCCGGCGUGGACGGGAUGCUGCUGGUGGUGCCCUACUACAACAAACCUCCACAGGAAGGCCUCUACCAGCACUUCAAGGCCAUCUCCGAAAGCACCAACCUGCCGGCCAUACUGUACAACGUGACCAGCCGCACCAGCCUGAACAUGAGCCACGAGACCACCAUCAGGCUUAGCGAGCUCGAGCGGAUCGUGGGCAUCAAGGAAGCUGGAAGCGACAUGGACCAGAUCACCCGCAUCAUCGACGGAGCCCGGCCCGGCUUCCUGGUGUGGAGCGGCAACGACAACGAGACCUACUACAUCAUGGCCACCGGGGGCUACGGCGUGGUCAGCGUGGCCUCGCACCUCAUCGGCAGCCAGAUCAAGCAGAUGAUGGGUCUGCUGCUGGAGGGCGACGUCGAGGCGGCAGCCGCUGAGCACCGCCGGAUGCUCCCGAUGUUCAAGGUCCUGUUCGUCGAGUCCAACCCCAUCCCGGUCAAGUACGGCGUGAACAAGGCCGGCUUCAACGUCGGCAACCCGCGCCUGCCGCUGAUCCCCGCCUCGGAGAAGGCCGCCGCCGAGAUCGACAAGGUGAUGUCGCAGUACACCAUCGACCUGCCGGUCUAG